AUGAGGAUAGGAAACUCCCACAGCGGGAGUAACUUGAUUCAUUAUGAAUGCUACCGAGCUGGUUACCCAUCUGGCUCCCUCGCACCUGGAACCACUAAGUCUGUCAGGAUCGACUGCCCAUUCAAGCUCAACGGUCGAUUUUUCCCCGAUACAGGCAAUUGGCUACUUAUUCAUACCCACCUUGGUCAUAAUCACCCCCCCGACCCCAUUGCCAAGCCUCGCAAACGACCCAGUAAGAAGAACAAAUCUCUGGUACCUGCUGUCGUCGCACCUCCAAUAGAACAACAUACACCUCUUGACGCCUCACUCGAUUCCACCAUUGCAUCCGUUUCCGCACGUUUACACGCUUUGACUCCUCACCGUCGACAAAUUGCUAUCAUCAAAAUCGAUUCGAUUCUUAAUGACCAAAUCAAGGGACCCACAACAGCUCUUAGCCCCGACCCAUCACAGAAUCGGUCAACCAAUAUUGAAAUCGAUAUGCCUGUCAUUGAAAGCGAUUCCCCAGACACCACCACACUCCACAUGGCACAGUCUGAUAUGCAAAUGCUGUUCCUGAACAGCCCAGACUCUCCAAACCACUACAAAAUUGAUAAUGCUACACAUCCCGACACUUUCAAUGAACCCGUCAACAUCGGAUGUUUACUAGGUGAAAGCAUGUUUUCCCCUGAGAAAACAAAUCCUGCCACAUCUCCCUACCCUACAAACGAAUAUAUCAAUAGCCUUGUCGAUGACUUCUACGGACCCACUGAGAACACAACCUCCACUUUCAAUAUGGAAGAACUCAUCUCCGACCCUAAGGCAAAAGUCCAAGAAUUCAACAAAAUCCUUCCAGUACACGAACCCAACAAACACCUUCCCACUGCUCCCACCUUGCCCACUCCAACACCCACCACAUCAAACCUCUCACUACCUGCACCAGUAACGAGGAUCACCAGGAAGCGAGCUCGCGAACUCCCACCUCUGAUGAAGAAAUAUCGCAUCCGGGAGAGGCUGCAACCCUUUAUUCUCGAUCCCUUGGGCGGUCUCAAGACGAGUGGCUCGAUAUACGCCAGAGCAUGGUCAAGACGCCGCGCGGGCGAAGUAUCGCAGCAAGAGCACUGGCUCACCAUGCCAGGUUGGGGUGGCGUUAUAGCUACAACAUUUGAGCGUCCAGUUAUAUACUACGACCCCGGUGCAUCUAGCCAGACUACAUUUCCCUACCUCACAGGACCCAAUCAGCAUCCACCAAUUGUUUUAACCGUGGCAUCACUCCACUUUUGCACCCUCCAGCUCGAUUUGACGUUGGACAACCUCCCAGUUCCUCGACUUUGUAAAACAUGGCGCCGAUAUCGCCACGAGGACGCGAGUCAUUGGCUUGACACAUGGGGUCCCUUGAUCGAACUCAAUGAGCAAUUCGUCAAAUCUAAUAACAAAGAACGAAUUCACUCACAGCAAGUUGGAGUCGUGCGUCAAAGUGUACAUGAAGACGUGCUUCAGCGACAUCAUUUCAAAUAUCCUGCUGGCCGUCAAACCUCACUGACUGAAUCUUCCUCCGGCCGAUUAACUCUUCAUCAGAGUAUUCAAGAUUCGUAUUCAAGAUUCGAAAAUGAAGCCUAA